AGCGAUCGGGCGGCGUGUCCGUACAGGCAAAUCUGAGGGCUCAGUUCCGGCCUGCCGGAGCACGGAGGAUGCAGUGGGGGUGUGCCGGGGGCAGGACUGGGCGGGACCAGCAGCAGUGGCAGGGAUGGAGGAGGGACGCUAUUGAUUUGUCACCAAGGAGGGAAGUUUGAAUCGCCAGCCGUGUUCUUCCGCUGUUAGGACACGAUGAGCCGCUGGCUUAACCUCCUUAGCACGAGUAACCUAGGUCUGGUGUACACAUGAACUCCCCUGCACCAUGCCACCACGAGUGUGCCCUCACUUGGCAUCAUUCUAGCUGCCCCUGUCCUGCGCCCACCGUGCAGCGCCCCUCUGUCCGGCCCGGGGAUGGCGGCCCUGGCACACAAGCUGUGUGAGGCGGUGGAGAAUGAUGAUGCACGGGAGGUAGAAAAUCUCCUGGUAUGCAAAGCUGAUCCAAACCUGAUACUCCCCGAAGGGAUUGCAGCUAUUCACCUGGCCUCAGGGAAGGAGAGCGAGAGUGCCCUCAGAUGUUUGACAGUGAUUUUGCAGCAUGGUGGAGAUCCCAAUGUCAGGUCCAUAGAAGCGUUGACCCCAGUACAUGUAGCUGCUUCUUGGGGCUGUUGUAAGGCACUUAUCUUUUUGCUGCGGAAAGGUGGUGACCCUACUCUUCAAGAUCAGGAGGGAAAUACAGCACUAGAGUUGGCAUUGAUGGAAAAUAAUAGAAGGUGCGUUGUAGCACUUCAAGAAUAUGAUGAGAUAAGUUCAGAUCAAAUGCACGGGUAUAGCAAACAUGACUCUUGUCCAACUGAUGAUAUCACUGAGAUGAGCAGCAUCACCCACCUUCUUGAGUCAUCUUACGCAAAAUCUCCGUUUAACAGCACAAAGAUCUCUCCUUUCAUGUCUCCUCCAAGAAAUGUAACCACAGGAAAGGGCAUGAACGAUGCAGCAAUAUCAAGUCAGAUAGAACUGUCCGGACUGGAUACAAAGGUUCCUUCAAGAAACAAAUAUGAAAGAAAUAGUGAUAUAGAAUAUUCUAAAUUGCACUUUAGUGUUAAUAACAAAGCCCUGAAUAAUAACAACUGUGAAUUAGAAGCAACUGAAUCAGGAGUCUCUGUUAAGUGGAUGACUCAGCCCGCUUGUUGUUAUAAAGACCCUUCUAGUGGCUUGCAAUCUGACCUAAUAGAUUUGGAUAAUCAGCCCUUAAAUACAGAAAUUCAACAGCGAACCGUGCCCUUUAAUACUCGUACUUUAGUGGAUUCAGGCUCCUCAGAAUAUAAUUGCGCUGAAAACAAAGGAGUAAAAGAAAUACCUUUGAGCACUAAUGCCACCAACCAGGAGUGUUCAGCAUUUAAGAGCGUUAUGGAGAACAAUGACCAGUUGGUUUUAAACCACACAACGAAUUUAACACACGUUGUGAUUGUAGAUGGAGUUGAAGGAUUGGAUGUAACUUCUCCAGAUCAUGCGUACACUUACAACAAGGGACACAGUGGUAAUGACAUGGAAAAUACAUUGGAUAUGUGUAAUUAUGGUGAAGUUGCUGGGGGUGGCCAUUUUAUAGAGCAUGGAGAGAGCUACAGCAGUAGGUAUAACAGUUGCCAGAAUGAGUUCUAUACCAGCCCUUGGGAAAAUUCCUACUGUAGUGACAAAAGAGGAUGGGACUCAGAUGUGACAGACAAAUCUUUCUUGGACUCGCACAGUAAUCUGAUUUGCAAUCAGAAUAGUGCUGGUGCACUUUCAUGUUGUCAGAAAUAUUUAUGCAAACCCUCAGUACUAGGUGCUAUUGAGACAUUGCCAGAAAGGAUACCAGGCAUUACAAUAGACCACAAAGGAUUUAAGGAAGGAACAGAGAGAGAGCACUUUGAUACAUCCAUUCAAAGUGUAACAUUGACAGUUGACAAACAUAAAACUGCUAGAAACUCAGGAAUAUCAUGCACUUCACAAUCUCCAACUCUUUCUGUAGAAGGCACUCGUUACUAUGAAAGUGAAAGCCAGGAUUUAAAAAUUAAUUUAAGGGAGCUACUGCUGUUGACUAAGGGCUGCAGAUUAAACAUGUCUCAGCAGGACUUGCAGACUGUACACACCAUUCCAGUGGCUGAAGCAGAAGCAUCUUGUUUUGACACUAUUCCAGUUUCAGUUCUUAGUGAAACAAAAACACAUGUAGAACAUGAUCUGGCAAUUAACCAGAAUUUCAAAGAUGGGAGUUCAUCCUUCUCUAACACCUCUGCAGACACGUUGAUUUCUGAAUCUGAUGAGCAUAAUGUGAAAGAUAAAGUUGACAGUGAACUGUGUGAAGAAUUGAGAAAAAUGAUGUUGGCAACUAAAGCCAUACAGUCCCCACCUGUGAACGGAGAGAGAAGUCCCUGUUUCUUUACACCACGCUCCAAAAAUAGGAUUCUAUCUUCCAAGUCUCGCCAUAAAAAUGUUUCUCUAUUUGAGGACUCUGUGGAAAUGCCUAGAAGAGAUAGGCGAGUCAGGAGUCCAGACAGCAUGUCAGUAUUUCCAUUGCAACCAUAUGAACUUGGACAUACUUCUCCAAGACAGAAACACAUAGAGGAACAAAAUUUCUUACAGUUGGCCUCCACAAACCAAAGGCCAGGGAAUGUUGGAGGAGACAUUUCUGAGCAAGAAACCACAGUCAACAUCAGUGAUUUUCUAACUGAUGACCUGUCUUCUUCAGAAACUAAAAUCAAAUCUAGUUUGCAAUUUAAAAAAAACAACUUUGCAGAUUGUGGGAUUUUUGAAAGUGAAUGGCUAACAGAGGAUGGAGAUUCCGAAAGUAUUGGGGAAUCAGAUAAUAAAUAUGCAGUCAUAGGUUCUGCCAUAGAAGGGAAGCCGUGGUCUGAAUCUUUAGUAAAUGGAUCUUUCCUUCACAGUACAAUAACAGAAAACUCUGCUGGGAAUUGUUCUAAACUUCCACGUUACAGCUUUAGUAGGUUUUCCUGUGUUCCGAAAAUAGGUAACAACUCAAUACAAUUAAACCAACAAAACCGCUUUAGUGAGUCUGGUAACCAGGAAGUGCCUUUAUCACCAGGUGGUCGCCCAGUAAACCUAAAUGAAGAUGAACCUGUAGAAUAUCUGUAUAUGGACAAUGAAAAAGGGCAUGCACUAAUUGAAAGGCAUAUACCAUGCAAAGAUCAGUCGACCUCCAACAUCUCAGAAAAUGUAGAUGAUACCGUUUUAUAUGACUGGAGAAACUAUAAUAGUAGCAACCAAAAAAUAAGCAAAGUCUCAUCAGCACGUCCACCUAAUCGGGUAGCAGUGGAGCUCUACAGACUUUCUAAUGCUGAACUUGCAAAAAGACUGAGGGAGCUAGGCGAGGACUCUAUUCAAGUUACCACCAAAAAUAGGAAGACUUGCAUAUUACUUUUAGACAAGCAUUUGAAGGAACAAGCGACAUGUGGUAGAGCAGGUGUGUCCUCUGAAUAUAGCCCCGAGCUCUCCUUUGCCCUCCGAACCUUUCACAUUCCAGAGUGCAGUAGUGAUGAGGCAGCACUUUCUCUAGAAUUUGACCAGCCUGAUAAGACACGCAAGUGGCGAGAGGGUGUUUUGAAGUCUAGCUUUAAUUACCUAUUGCUGGAUCCCAGGGUUACUCGGAAUCUUCCAUCACAUUAUCAUAAUAUUUCCCAACAUGACUGCUUCCGCACUUUUGUCAGAGCUGUAUUUUACGUGGGAAAAGGAAAGAGAUCUCGUCCAUAUUGCCAUCUGUACGAGGCAUUGACUUUCUACAAAGGCAGCUGUAAAAAGCCAUGUUCUAAAGCACAGCAUAUUCUGGAUAUCUGGAAAAGUGGCCAGGGUGUGCUCUCUCUACAUUGUUUUCAAAACACCAUCCCAGUGGAGGCAUAUACAAGAGAAGCCUGUAUGGUGGAUGCCAUGGGCUUAAAAAUGCUAACCAAUCAAAAGAAGGGAGUAUACUAUGGACAAGCUCUGAACUGGACCCCCACACGUCAACGGAGUCUUGGAGUACAUAUGCUUCACAGAGCAAUGCAAAUCUUCCUGGCUGAAGGUGAACGCCAGCUCCGUCCUCCCGACAUACGUAUUAGACCGUGAACAGAGUGCAGUAAAAGUGGAAUUUUUUCACAAAUGAUUAUGAAGUAGCUGAGUCUUCAAUAUUACUUUUUCUCAUUGAAACUAAAUUCUAUGCUUUAGACAUAUUGGCAGAGUAGCACAAUCAUCACCUAUUUUCCUGUAUUUAGAAAUAGAAAAAUACCUGGAAUAGUAAAUAUUACAAAUGAUGAAAUUCUAUUGGCUUUGCAAAUUACCACAAAUUAGUAUAAUAC